AUGCAGCCCUCCCGUCGCCCAGCAAUCCGGUCGCCCCACCGCCCGGCCCACCAGCUAUCCCAUGGACGGUCGCCCUCAGCAUCCUCCGUCUCCUCAACAUCCUCGUGCAUCACCGCUCGCGACACCACGGCAUUCAACACCACAACCACGACGUUAAACACUACCAUAGCAUCUGCAUCUGCAUCUGCAUCUACAUCUGCAUCUACAUCUACAUCUACAUCUACAUCCACAUCUACAUCCACAUCGACAUCGACAUCAACGCCCAUCCCCUCAAGCACAAUCAAGCUGCUCUCGCCCACGCCCACAACACCCACCCAGGCAGCUCCCAUGUCCGCCGGCGCACAAGGCUACUUCGAGCCCACGCUCACUCGCACGCAGUCCUCGCAGCCCUCACUCCCGGCUCCCUCUGCCUACGCGAUGCAGGCGGGCACGACUACCUCCGCCUCGCGAAAGCGCUCAGCAACCGCGCCGUCGCCCGCCUCCCCGCCCAUCACCAGCACCGUCGUCCUCGCGGCCACGCCCACACCAACCCCCAGCACCCCCUUCUCCACCUCCUCCCCGCCCACACCACACGCGAUCCCACACCCGCCGCAGCCACAGCCCACACCUCCAACCCCCGUAUACACGCUCACCACGCCUCUCUCCGCGGGAAAGGAGAAGAAGGAGUCCUCAAAGAAGAAGCUCUUCUCAAAGCCCGCGCGCAUCGGCACCCCAACAAUGGACAAGACCCACAGGCCCCCACCCUCGCCCAACAAGCUCGCCAGCAUCUCCUCGCCCAUGCCCUGGAUGACGCCCUCCGCCGCCGCCCUCGCCGCCGCCGUCUCCGGCGGCAGCGACCGCAAGACCUCCUUCUCGAGUAUGGCGGGUUCAACGCUCACGCUUGUGGCUGCGCCCGGCGAGUCGUCUCCCUUCCUCCACAACUCAUAUAGCUCCUCGCCGCCGCCAAAGGAUCACCACUCGCACAAACCACACUUCCUGCGCCCCCGCCGCGAUAAGGACCACCAUCAUCAUAACGGCAUAACCUUCUCCUCUAGCAGCUCAAACAGCAAAGCCAUCUCCGCCGACGGCGGCUCCCUCUACUCGUUUGGACCCUCGUCCCCUUCGGCCGCCGCCUUCAAGUCAGAGCUCAAACAGAGCAUAUCCGGCAUCGAUCUCACCAGCGCCAAGAAGAAGUCUGCCGCCGCUGCUGCGGCCGCUGCUGCCGCUGCCGCAACGUCAUGGGACGACUUUGACCCCACGCUCGUCAUCACCGCCGACACGGCCUGGCCAAUUCUCUGUUCCCGCGUCAUCCCACUGUUCAAGUCUGAGCCGCUCACAAACACAGUCGAGGACCUCAACAAGCUUGUGACACUUCACAUCCGGCGGUGCAUCGAGCGACGGCAGCCUCUGCAGAUCCUAGAAGACGUGCGCGACCUGCUUGACUCUGGCAUGCGGCUGCUGGAUCCAGGCCUGCUGGACCCCGGACUCAGCGACGAGCGCAGCAUACCGAGACUGGUUGAGGUGUGGAGCGCGCUGUUUGGGAACGUGUUGCCGUAUUUUGAGGCGGUUUUUUUGCCGCUGCAGAGGGAGCUAAGAGAGGAGGGUGAGCUGGUGGAGAUUGUGGGGAGGGGCUGGGACGUGAGGAGGUUGGUGCUGAUGGGUUUUCGAGAUUUUGUGGUCCUACCUUUGUUUUCGCGGUUGCGAGUGUUAUUCAGCACUCUAACGCUCGACCUAUCGAUGGCGCAGAGCGAUGUAACACAUAAUGCCGGCAGAAUGCUGCAGUGUAUAUCGGUGCUCUCGGGUGUGCUGACGGGCGAUGAGGCGCAGGACAGGAUCGAUGAGCUAGCCAAGACCCUGAAGCAUAAUUGGCUCAGUCGAGGGCGCACGGGGAGGAACAGAAGGGGGUUUGUGGGGACGAGGAGCGUUAGGGCUGUGGUGGGGUGA